AUGGCGCGCCAUCCACUCAGACCGCUGGGUUUCCUCUUCGCCCUCCUCGGCCUCAUCGCCCUGCUGGCACAACCCUCCUCCGCGAUCCCCUCCGUCACCCGACGCGGCAAGUACCUCUACCAAGGCUCCAACCGUUUCUACGUCAAGGGUGUCGCCUACCAAGAGCCCGCUCCCGUAGCAGCCUCGACCGCGGCCAACGAUGCCAACGGCGGCUUCCCCGAGCCGGACAGCUUCACCGAUCCCCUAGCUCUCCCCGACGCAUGCACGCGCGACGUUGCCAACUUCCGCGACCUCGGCAUCAACACCAUCCGCGUCUACUCGGUCAAUGCGAGCCUCAAUCACGAUUCGUGCAUGUCCACCUUCAGCAACGCAGGCAUCUACGUCAUCCUCGACCUUGCCUUGCCGCUGAAUGGUUCCAUCAACCGCGCGGAGCCUAGCUGGGACGUGGGUCUGCUCAAUCUGUAUGCGACGACGAUCGACGUCUUUACGCGGUACGACAAUCUGCUUGCUGUCAACAUCGCCAACGAAGUUGUCACGCAGUCAUCCAACGCCGACUCCGCACCAUUCAUCAAGGCUGCCGUGCGCGACGUCAAGGCCUACCUUCAAUCAAAGAACUCCAACGUCCUCGUAUCGUACUCCUCCACAGAUGGCGCCAACGGUGUCAACCAGUGGCGAGAUCAGCUGGCGUACUACCUCACCUGCGGCUCCGCUGCGACCAGCAUCGACCUGUACGGCCUCAACUCGUACAGCUGGUGUGGGCAGAGCUCGUACGCCCAGUCGGGUUACAACUUGCUCACCUCGGAUCUGGCCGAUCUGCCUGUGCCGGCGUAUCUCGCUGAGUUUGGGUGUGUCGAGGGUGUGGGUACGGGCAAUCGACCCUGGACCGAGGUGGCUGCGUUGUACUCUAGCCCCAUGACGGAUACGUUUAGUGGUGGUGUGGCGUUCAGCUACUUUCCGCAGAGUUCUGGGCUCGACUACGGUCUGGUGUCGGUCUCUGGUAACAGCGUGUCGACGCGGGGGGACUGGACGGCGUUGAAGAACGCUUUUGCCGCCACUUCGUCCGCUCCGACCUCCGCCCCCGCCGGUGCGAGUAGCAACCCUAGCUACCCCACCUGCAGGGGGAACACCGCCAACUUCCCUGCGUCGACCACUCUGCCGCCAACCCCCAACCCCGAGCUGUGCGACUGCAUCGAGUCCAGCGCCUUCUCCUGCGCGCUGACAACGGACGCGUUCAACUCGCCCAACAUCAUCGGCGUCCUCACCGGCCAAGCAUGCAUGUAUCUCGGCGAGCAAGGUGGGUCCUGCGCGUCCAUUCUUGCGGAUGGUCAGACGGGCACGUACGGCAACUACUCGGGUUGUUCCGCGGGCCAAAGGUUGGAGUGGGCCAUGUCGAGGUAUUACGAGGUGACUGGGUUUAAUGCUGUUAGCUGCGACUUUGCGGGCAAUGGCACGGUGCGGGCGCCCCCGCCGGGCAACCAGACGAGCAUCAGGAAUGCGUACCAGACGUGUUUGGGUCAGAAUCCGGUUGGGGUGACGACGCCGAGGCCGGACGUGAGUGGGAGUGUCAAUAGCACGGCUACGGGUGCUGCGCCUACGACGUCCCAGACGGGGACGGGUGGAAACGCGAACUCUGCAACGAGUGGGGCGGGCGUGAUGGGUGGGAUGUUGAUGGCGUUGGCACUGGCCGUUGCUGGUUGGUGCAUCGUCUAA